CUAAAUUUAGCACGGUUAUGGAACUAACGAAGAGCAGUUAAAAUAAUGGCUCUUCAAAAAAUGUCUGAGUCAGUGUAUGUGGGGAUGUGUCACAAGAUAGGGACCCCACAACAGGUGGCCUCCAGGAGAGAUAUAGCGGAUAUCUCGGAGCUGUUGACAAAUCAACAUGAUGUGAGGAGAUUAAUGAUUAGUGGAAGUCGGAAAGAAGGAUUUAGAUUUAGUGGUUCAGAUGUAGACACUAUGUUUUGGUCAACUGACCACCGAGUGAUCUGGGACUUCUCUCAGUCUGCGUUUUACAACAUACACAGACAGGUAAUGAUUCUCUGUGACAGUUCUGAGAGUCCAGCAGGAUUUACCUUACUUUGGUUACCAUUGGAAAGAGCUGGACAAGGAGUGUUGUUAUCUUGUGUGAGGAUGAAUGGGGGACUCUUUAUAUCAAGUUCUAAAUACAGAGACUACACAUGUACAGCAAUCACUCCUGACAGCAGAAUACAUGGACCAUGUAGCACUAGAACAGAGGGUUCAGAAGAAUACGGCACUCUUGAUCACGAUAAUGCUUAUUGUUUUGUCAGUGAUUUUUGGCCUCCCUCUGCCGCCUCAUGGAUAGACAGAUGUCACUCAUGGCCCCCACCCCAUGUUGUCAAUGACAUUGUAAGAAAUGGAUGUCACUUUGUAGCAAUAGGACACAAACUAGGAAACCAUGAAGGCAAUGAAUGGAGAAUUUCUUUCUCUCAGGCAGAAUACAAACUUGUGUACUCAAUGAAUCACACACAAGUUUUAACUUAUGGUUUGUUGAAAUUGUUCUUAAAGGAAAUAAUUAACAAUGGAUUAAGAAGAGAAGAAGAUAAACUUUUGUGUUCAUACCACAUGAAAACAGCAGUUUUCUGGGCCAUUCAACAAGACACACUGCCUCACUGGUGUCCACAAAAUAUCCUGGCCGGUUUCUGGGUCUGCUUCAAACUUCUCCUUAAAUGGGUGUACGAGGGGAUCUGUCCAAACUUUUUCAUUCCAGAGAACAACAUGUUUCUGAGCAAAAUCCAUGGCCAAGCACAAACAAGUUUAUUCAGGCGACUGUAUGGGUUGUAUGAGAAAGGUAUAGCAUUGCUGCUACACAGUCCCUCCAUCAGGUCCUCUAUCAUUGAUGUCCUCUGUAAUCCCAGACUCACGGUGUGUACUGAUGAACACACUCUGAUCUCUGAGGCUGAGUUUGAUGUACAAUUAUUUGAUGAGAUAGAUAGGAAUGAUGCAUUACACAGCUCAGACCUACAGCACUGUAUAAAGAUCGUACACACAGUAGAACAGUUAAUAGGUUCUCCACUGACACAGUAUCAAGUUGUAAGUUUACAAAAACACACAGCCACUACUCUUCAGUGUACUGCCUUUAUAUUACACAACAUAUCAAACACAGGUGUCAACAAACAGAUGUACAUUGCAGACAAAAUAUCAUGUCAUAUGCUGAAAUUAGCAGCCAAGUUUGGGUAUGUUUCUGACAUGUUGUACAUUGCCAUUUAUUAUUACAAGACAUUCAGAUACAGGGAAGCUUUAUCUGUUUUAGAGAUGACAAAGGUGAAGUUAACACAACUAUAUAUUAUGUAUGAAGAAUGUGUAGACAGAGAGAGGUAUACUGAGGCUGUAGGGGGACAGUCCUGGUCUACAAAGAUGAGACAGGCUGUAGCAAGGAAUAUCAAACUUGACUAUGAAAUAUGUUAUAUCAGUGAACUUAUACUAGAACAACAGUCUAGUAGACAAAACAGUUGGCCUGCAUUGCUUAUCCCACCGUUUAUACUGUUACACAUGCUAGAGAUUUUGUGUUCUAGACAUGUUGACACAAUUGGCGCACAAACAGCUCUAAAUGAUCUACAGGCCCUAGUUCACCAUGACCAGGGACUGUAUAUAGGUGAUAUAUGCAGAGACAUCUCCUGGGAGAUCCUGGGGAUCUGUCAACAGAUCUCAAGGAAUCUCCAGGCUGCUCUGUACUCAUACACUUGGACAAGUCUCUUUCCAUAAAUUUCAAACUGCUACCAGACAAAGAAUUCAUGAUUUACAUAUGCCAACUUAAGCAAUGUGAGAAACUAGUAGAUAGCAGGCCUUGAUAAAUCCUAUAAUUGAAAAUUGUAUAAGUGUGCUUUAGCAAAUACAAUGAAAUAAAAAAAAGUAUGCAUAAAAGUGAAGUAAGGUGUAACAAUGUAUUCUCCCUGUGUUCUAGAAAUACCGAGAAAAAUCUCGCAAGAUCUUCCUUCGUAAGAUUGGCGUAAAUACUAGUAUCUAAGUCUUUUUAAAGU